AGCCCCGGGAAGCCAGGCAGGCUUGGAGCAGCAGGGAGUGGCCCUGGGACCUGGAGAGGGAUGGCCCGGGAGUCUGUGUCCUUCAGAGAUGUGGCUGUGGAUUUCAGCCAGGAGGAGUGGGGCUUCUUGGACGCCUCUCAGAAGAAAUUGUACAGGGAAGUGAUGCUGGAGAACUACAGGAACCUGGCCUCCCUGGGGCUUCCAGUUUGCAAACCAGAUGAGGUCUCCCAGUUGGAACGGGGUGAUGCCCCAUGGAUGCUGGAGAGAGAGGGCCCAAGAGCUUCCCUUGCAGAUUGGGAGCUAAGGCCUAAAAUCAAAGGAUCUACUCCAGAGCAGUACAUUUCUCCAAAAGAGUCAUCCUGGAAGAAUGUCAUCAGCAGCAAUCCUUGGAAGUUGGAGUCGGGAGAAACCUUGGCUUGUGAUAUCAAGUCGGUGAAGAAACAUGACAGCCAGGACAGUCCUUCCAGGAAAUUAGCAAUCUCCCCCAGAAAGACUGUAGGCAGAGGAAGAGACCAGCGAUGUAAUAAAUUUGGAAUAAGCUUCGGCCGGGGGUCAGGCCUUUCUCUCCAAGGGGGCAUUCCUGCAGCUGACAGCCAUAAUGGAGGUGAUCCACAUGGCUGCAUCUUCCCACCCUAUUCCUACCUAACUCAAUAUACUAAAAGGACAUCCAGGGAAGAGCAUGACAGGUACGAUGAAUGUGGGAAACACCUACAUUGUCAGCCAAAUCAUACUCAGUAUUAUGGCAAACACACAGGGGUGAAAGCUUAUAAGUACAAUCACUGUGAGAUAACCUUCAGCUGGGGCACAGCCCUUACUGGACACCCCCAGCUUCAUGCAGAAGAUAGCCAGUGUGGGAAGACCUUCAGCCAAAACGCAGAGCUGAUUUACCAUCAGAAAAUUCACGAUGAGGAGAAGCAUUAUGCAAGCACUGAGUACGGGGAGGGCUCCAUCGAUCACUUAUCGCUGAUUGCCCAUCAGAAAAUCCGUACCGGAGAGAAACCAUACGACUGUUUUGAAUGUGGGAAGGCCUUUAGCCAGAGCUCCGAACUUACUAGACAUCAGAAAAUCCAUACCGGAGAGAAGCCUUACGAAUGCAGCGAGUGUGGGAAGGCCUUCGUCUGGAACUCGGAACUGAUUAGACACCAGAUAAUUCACACUGGAGAGAAGCCCUACGUGUGUAACGAAUGUGGGAAGGCCUUCACGCAGAGCUCGUCUCUUACUUUACAUCAGAGGAUUCACACCGGGGAGAAGCCGUAUAAGUGCGACGAAUGCGGGAAGGCCUUCACCCGGAGCUCAUCCCUCACCGUGCAUCACAGUACCCACACCCGGGAGAAACCUUACGAGUGCAGUCAGUGUGGGAAGACUUUCAGCUGGAACUCCGAACUCAUUAGACACCAAAUAAUUCACACUGGAGAGAAGCCGUAUAAAUGUGACGAAUGCGGGAAGGCCUUCACCCAGAACUCAUCCCUCGUCUUACAUAAGCGAAUCCACAGCCGAGAAAAACCUCACGAGUGUCACGAAUGUGGGAAAGCCUUCAUCCAGCACACCGCCCUUAUCUGCCAUCGGAGAAUCCACACUGGAGAGAAGCCUUAUAAAUGCAAUGAGUGCUGGAAGGCUUUCAGUCAGAGUGGACACCUUACUGUGCACAAGAGAAUUCACAGUAGAGAGAAGUCCCGAGAGUGGAACGGCUGUGGGAAAGCCUUCGUCCAACACUCCCCUCUUAUUUACCAUCAGAGAAUUCACAGUGGUGAGAAAGCUUACGAAUGCAAUGAGUUUGGGAAGGUCUUCAGUCAGGACACAGACAUUAUUAACCGUCAGAAAAUCCAUCCUGGAGAAACGUUUUUAUACAUGUAAUGAAUAUGGGAAGUCCUUCAUCUGGAGCUCAUUUCUUAAAGUUCUGAUAAUUCAGACCAGAUUAAAAUUGUAUAAAUGUAAUUCGCAUGGGCAGGAUUCAAAUGGAACUUUCUCAAAUAUAUGUCUAGUCAGAUUGGAACGAAUCCUUGUAAAUGUAAUGAGGGUGAGAAGGUCUUCAGCCAGAGCUCGUCCCUUACUGUACGUACAUCAGAGAAUUCAUACUAGAGAGAAAUUAGGGAUAGAAUUAAUGGGGGAAGACCACCAAGGGCUCAGAAUUUGUUAGACAAAAGAGAAGAAGCCUUAUGAACAACAUUUGCUAAUAUUUAGAUAGUGCUUUAAGAAUGGUAAAGUGCUCUGAAGUCAGAAGGACCUGAGUUCAAAUGUGACUUCAGACACUUAACACUUCCUGGCUGUGUGACCCUGGGCAAGUCACUUAACCCCAAUUUCCUCAGCAAAAAAAAAAAAAAAUUAGUAAAGUGCUUUAUAGAUAUUCUCACAAUAAAACUGGGAAGUCAGUGCCAUUUUUCAGAUCAGGAAAAUAUGACUAAGAAAUUAGUGAUUUCUUCAGACACAUAGCUAGGAAGUGUCUUGAGGCUGAAUAGGAGUCCAGAUCCCCCUGACUCAAAGCCCAGUGUUCCAUCUGUAGAGUGGAUGGAAUAGAAUUAAGGUUCCACUGACAUUGUGAUCUGUUCAUGUAAGUCAUUGUGCUAAUCACUGGGUAUCGAAAGACAAAAAUUAAGAAAUCCCUACUUGUGAUGAUUCUACUCUCUUCAGGUAAUAUGUGGAACUUUUAGUUAAAUGUGACUAAUAUGGCAAAAAUGCUUUCAUCUUCUUGCCUCUGAAAAAACCCUCUUGCAGGACACAUUUGGAAAGGUUUGAGGCUGGUGUCCACCCCACCAUUUGAAGCCUUCUGGUGAUCCCAUGACUGGGAGAGCCCGUGGGAUGUAAAGCCAGUGACCUGGCCUUGGCGAGGGUCCCAGAGCCUGUCCGGCACCUCCCACUGUAUCUGAGGAGGCGGUACUGCAGUACCAACCACCAUCUCACAGCAUCUCGAUGCUGGACGAGAGGGCAGGUAACAAACACUUCAAGUAUCUCAGGAUUAGCAGCAUUAACUCUUAGUACUAACAGAUGUCCAACUGACAUCCCAUGUGGUCUGAAAUGCUCUAAAAUGGCCCUUUAGGCCAUGACGAGAUCCUCGAUUUCUUCCUCUGCAGCUAUACCUUUGGGAAUUUUCUCCCGGCACUAUUAUCUGUAGUCAGCUUCUCUAGACCUGGUUCAUCUCUCCAUUUGUGUUCCUUGUUCUUCAUUUCCAUCGUGAGAGGAAAGGCCUCUCCCUUAUUUCUCCUAUAUUCCUCUUUCCCAGAAUUCAAAAGGAUAUAUAAUAAUAUGAGAGUAAAAACCUUAUUUAAACCCUAGCAAGCCCCAAAGGAUAACAUACAGAGCAGAUCCUCUAAACAAUUGGACUUCUGAUCAUCGAUGUGGUCACAAAGAGUUGGACCCAACUGAAUGAGUGAAUAACAACAAAGGCACUUCCCUCUGAGCAGCUACUUCUUAUAAUACACAAAAUCCUUCUGUCCAACUUAGAGUUUUACAGACUUUGAGUCACUUGGUAGUUAUAUAACUUUAAGGAGGGUCACAUAGCCAUUUUGUCAGGGAUAGGACUUGAAUCCAGGGCCUCUUGACUUUGAGACCAAUAGGGGCACUUAACCUUUUCUGUAUCAUAGUCCCCAAAGGUAUGCUAUGGAGUAUUUAACAAUCAGCUCUCCAAAAAAGAAGAUAUUUGUGUCAGGCAGAUUUAAAUUUAAUUUACCUUAACAUUUUUCCAUUUUAUUAAAUCUAGACAAUCAGUAAAACAAAUCAACUCUUGAUUUGUAGUGUUUCUGAGGUAUAAGUGCUCAGACUAAAUUUUUUUAUUCCACUUAAUUUUUCUUUUUUCUCAAUUAUAUAUAAACAAAAAUUUGUUUUUUUUUUUUAUUUUGAGUUCCAAAUUCUCUCCUUCCAUCCACUUCCCCCUCAUUGGGAAGUUAAGCAAUUUGAUGCAGAUUAUACAUAUUCAGGCAUGCAAAAUAUAUUUCCAUAUUAGUCAUAUUGCAAAACAUCAAAAAAUUAAAAAAUAAAGUUUUUUUAAGUAUACUUCAAUUUGCAUUCAAACUCAAUCAGUUCUUUCUCUGAAAGUGGACAGCAUUUUUCAUCAUAUGCCCUUCAGAGUAGUUUAGUAACAUUUUAUUGCCAAGAAUAGCUGUCAUUCACAAUCAAUCUUUAAUUAAUUUUUAAUUUAAUUUAAUUACUGUGUAUAAUGUUAUAUUGAUUCUGCUCAUUUCACUUUGCAUCAAUUCACAUUAGUCUUCCCAGAUUAUUUGGUAGGAUUCUGCUGAUCAUUUCUUAUAGCACAAAAGUAUUCCAUCACAAUCACAUAUAAUAUGUUAUUCAGCCAUUCUGCAGGUGAUGGGCAUACCUUUACAAAAAGAGCUGCUAUAAAUAAUCUUGUACAUAUGCAUUCUUUCUCUUUUUUGUUGAUCUCUUUGGAAUACAGAUUUAGUACUAGUAUUGCUGGAUCAAAGGGGAUGCAGUUUUGUAGCCCUUUGGGCAUAGUUCCAAAUUGUUCUCCAGAAUGGUUGGAUCAGGUCACAACUUUACCAACAGCGCAUUAGUGUCCCAGUUUUUCCACAUUUCUUCCAUCAUUUGUCAUUUUCCUUUUCUCUCAUAUUAGCCAAUAUCUGAUAAGUGUGAAGCGAUACUUCAAAGUUCUUUCAGUUUGCAUUUCUCUAAUCAAUAGUCCCUUUCUUCAGAAUAAUAUUUUUAAAUGCAAAAAAUAAAAUUCACAGAGUUAUCAAGAAAAGUUGAUUAAGUACAAUUAUCAAAAUGUUUCAAAAACAAGCAUAUGGACCCCAGGAGAGGGACCAUGUCAUAUUUCAUGUUACUUCUUGAAGUACCACCUCUCAAAAUGUAAGACACCAUUGGACACUUAGGAAUUUUUAAAAAUAGCUUAAAGUGGCACAAUUCAGCAUUUUUGCAACGGGGAGGAAACAGGCAUUCUGUGAAGACAUAAAAGAUGUGUAGCAAUGCAAAGUAUGGUAGUGUAUAUUCAAAAUCCCAGCUACCAGGGACGCUGAGGUUAGUGAAUUUCUUAAGCCUAGGCGUUCUGAACUGGAGUGGGCUAAGCUGAUCAAAUGUCCAGAUUUAUUUCAGCAACAAUAUGGUGAACCCCAGAAAAUAGGAGUUUUCCAACUUGCUUCAGAAAGACAGGAAACAUGCCAAAUGUCCCAUGUUGUUCAGUAAUAGGCCCAGGCCUAUGUUAGCGCUCAUAGACUUAGAGGUAGACUAAGAUACUGAAUCAAAGAGGAAAAAGAAAGAAAAAGGAGGGAAAAGUAAAAGUGAAAAAAACUUUAUGGAGAUAAAAGAAGGCUUAAAUAAUUGGAAUCAGUUUUUAUAUUUAGUCUGUCAAGAUAAGAAAAAUGGCAGUAUGAUCCUAAAAACAACCUACUAUUUGAAAGUUAUACAAAUCAAACUACCAAUGGUUAUUACAUAGAACUUUAACUAUAAUAAUUCAUUUAGAAGAACUUAAUAGUCAAGAAUUUCAAAGGAAAUAAUUUUUUAAAAACUAGUAAUAAUGGAUCUCCAGAUUUCAGAUUACAUGCUAAAGCAAUAAUUAUCAAAAGUUUUGGUGCUGGUUAAAAAUAAAAAAGUAGAUCAGUGGAACAGGUUAGAUAAAUAAGACAUAGAAAUAAAAACAAUAGCAUACUCUUCAGUAAACUUAAGAAUAUAAUGUAUUAAGAAAAAGGACUCCCUAUUUGGGAGGGAAAAAAAAACUCAGGAAAAACUCAUUAGCUUUACAUUAGCAUCUAAGCCAGCAUACGUAACACAAUGACCUCUGGAUUGUAAGUAAUCAAUGUAAAAUGGUACAUGAUUUUAAAAAUGGAAGAAAGUAUCUGAUGAUCAUGGUUUAAAGGAGAUUUAAUAAAUAGACAAAAAAUAUAAAUUAUCACAAAGGAUAAAAUAGACCAUUAAAAUUAUAUAAACUCAAGGCUUUCCACAAAUGAAAUCAAUCGGGAUUGUAGCUAGUGAUUCUGGGGGGAAAUUCUUACAUCAAAAGUGUCAAAAAAUAACCUAUUAUCUAAGACAGGAAAUUGGUGCAAGUUCAUAAGCCUAAAAAUCACUUUUUGAUAAGUGAUCAAAAGAUGUGAACAACUUUGAAAAGUAGAUAUGCAAAUGAAAACUUAUGCCCACUGAUUGAGGAAUGGCUGAACAAAUAUUGAUACGUGGUAACAAUGAAAUAUUGCACUGGAAUAACUCAUGAAUAAUUCAAAGAGACUUGGGAAGAAUUGAACAAACUAAAGCAGGGCCAACUAAGCAGUAUAAUGACAAUUCACAGAAUGAACAUAAAAAUAUAUGUAUAUCCAUAUGUGUACAUAUACAGUGGUAUGUAUGUGUCUACAUAUAUAUGUAAAACAGUUAAGAAACCUGAUCAAUGUAAUGGUCAAUCUUAAUUUCAGAGGACUUGUGAAAUAAGUUUCCCAAUUAAUAGCAAAGACGUGAUGAAUAACAGAUAAAGAAGAAUGUUUACAUUUUCAGACAAGACCAUGUGUUGAUUUUGUUUUCCUGGAUAUGAUUACUUGUUAUACGAAAGGGUUGGAGUAAGGAGGAUCAUUGAGAAAUGACAGUAAUGUGGGGUUUUUCCUCUAUAAAUCCAUCAACUAGAAUUUAUUGACCAUAUACUAUGUGUGCUUAUUGUACAAGGCACUAGGAAUACAAAGACAAAAAAGAAACAGUGUCAGCCUUCAAGGAACUUAUAUUCUUUCAGUAAAGCAUAUUCAAAUUAUAUGCCAGAUAAAUACAAAGUAAUUAGAAGGAAGAGAAUCAGGAAGGAGUUCAUGAACAAGGAGACAUGGGCUGAGUUUUGAAGGAAAUAAGAAAUUCUAAGAUGUCUAAAUGUGGAAAGAACAUGCCAAAUUGGAAAUGGCAAUGUAAAAACAUAUAAAGGGUGGGAAAUUUGGAGCAAUAUGCUUAAGGCUCAGUAUGAUUGGUUUAAUCCUACAAUUAACUCAGUGGAAUUGAUAAAGACAAUGGCUAUCUAGUUUAGCAUGUGAGUUCUCUAGUUCAGUAUGAUUGAUUUAAUCUUACAAUCAAUAAUGGUUGCCUAGUGAUAUAAUGAUUGGUUUAUACUUGGUAUGCUGUAAUGCUGUAAUUGUAAUAGAGCAUAUAAACUGGGGAUAAACUCAGCCAGAGAGAGAGUAGACAGAGGACUGGAGGCUGGAACUCAGGCUCUAGGACUCGGAGAGAUUCAUUCCAUCUUCAUCAGUUUUGUGGUGGCUGGCCUGUCUUCUUGCUCCCCCACUGAGACCAACGCCCAUCUGAAGGGCCCCUAGAAAGCUAGCCAGGCCCCAGGUGAAGGAGACAGACUGUGAAGGAGAUAAUAAAGACUUUGGACUUUAUCCUUGACUAUUCUCAUGAUGAUUACUCUGUUGAAACUGGUUCUGAGACUUCCAGAAAGCUAACCAUAACAUUACAAAAAAACACAAGAAAUGAGAUGGGAUGAUGUAUGUAAGGCAAGAAGGUCAGUUUGUCUAAACUACAACAUGUAUUGAUGGAAAUAAUCAAAGAAUGUAAAUUAGGGCCACACAUACUAUUUGUUUUCAUUUGAUCCCAGAGACAAUUGAGAUAUCUAUAGGACCUACAGCAUGAAAAGUUGAGAAAGUAUUUGGGAAUGUGAAACUGGAACUCAGGAGAAAGACUAUGGCUGGAUAUUUUAUUUGGGAGUCUUCUGUAGAGAGGUGAUAAGUAGACCAAAGUGAAUUGCUAUGUCACCAUGGGAGAGAACAUAAAAAUAAGAGAAGGCAGCCCAGGACAGGAACAACUUCAGUUAUGAAAUGGCAUAAGGAUAAUGAACUAGCAAAGGAGGCAAAGAACAAGAGGUCUUGUAUAAAGAAUAGAGAGAAGGCCAGUUAGGCUGCAGGAGUCAGGGGAAGGAGGUUGAUGGGAAGCAAGUUAUAAAGGAUUUAAAAAACUUAAUAGAGGAAUUUACAUUUUAUCCUAGAGGUAAUGGGGAACUACUGAAUAUCAUAAAGGAAAAUGACAUAGUCAGAUUUGUGCUUAAAGAAAAAUUUUUUUUGCUAUAAUAGCUCAAUAAAUGGGCUAGAGUAGGGAGAUACUUGAAUCAGAGGAACCAAUCAGUUGUUGCAGUCAUCCAGGGAAAAAGUGAUGAGAGUCUGAACUAAAAUGAUAGGUAUGUGAGUUAGGGAGGGGUGGUUAGAUGAAAGUGAUAUAGAAGAAGAAAUAGCAAGAUUUAAGAACUAACUCUAUAUGUGGAGUGAAGAAUUAAGGAUGAAGAUAAGUUUAUAAAUCUGGAAGAAAAAUACCUAUGAGAAAAAUAGGCAAGAUUAAAGGAAGGAUAGAUUUAGGGAAAGAGCACGAAUUUACUUUUAGACAUUUAAGUUUGAGAGGUCUACAGGAUGGUCAGAUGGAAAUGCCUAGGAAGUAAUUGAUAUAGGAUAGAAGUUCAGGAGAGAAAUUGGGGUUGAUAUGUAGAGAUCUGAGUCAUCUGCAUGGAGUUUCUCAUUAAAUAAAUGGGAGUUCAUGAAGUUAACAAGAAAUGGGGAAGAGAAAAGGGUUUAGGAUAGAACUUUGGAGAAUUUCCAUAGUUGAUUAGGAUGUGGAUAAUAAGCUGACUAAAAAGCUGGAAAAGGAGUUAUCAGAGAAGAAAAACCAAGAGAUAAAAGUGCCACACAAUCUAGAGAGGAGAAUAUACAGAAGAUGAUAAGCAAUCAUCAACAAGCAUUUAUUUCUUGCUAUGUGCCCAGGCACUGUGCUAGGUGCUGGUGAUACAAUGAAUGAAAUAAUCCCCAUGCACAAAGUGACAUGGGAGGUUUGUGAGGGAAAUAAGUACAUAUAAAAUAUGCAUAUGUACUAAAGCAUAAAUAUGAAGUUAAUAUUAUAAAUAAGCAUAUAAAUAAAUCUCUACAUACACAGCAUAGUUAAAUGUAAUUUUGAAAAGAGUUGGGAAUCAGGAAAGGUUUCAUGUAGAAAAUACUGCCUUAGCUGCCUCUUAAAGGAAGAGAGAGAAGCUGUGAAAUAAAAUGAAGAGAGAUUUCAUUCCAGGUACGAGGGAUGACCCGUGCAAAGGCAUAGAAAUGAGAGAUGGAGUGUCAGGAGGCAAGGAAAGAGAGAUGGCUACUUUGGCUGGAUUACAGGAACUGAAAGGGGAAGUAGAAUACAAUGAGACUAGAAAUCCCCUACCCACUGAGAAGGCAAGAAAUAUAGUAUCAAUGAUAAAUAUUGAAGUCAUGCAAGACUUUCACAGUCUUGUUGCAAGAAAAAAAUCAAGAAAAAUUAAGCAAAAGAAAAAUAAGCUUCAGUCUGCACUCAGAGUUCCUCAGUUGUCUCUGGAAGUGGAUAGAAUUUUUUAAUCAUAAUUGGAGAUUAUCAUGAAUCAUUGUAUUCAUCAGAGUAGUUCAGACUUUCACAGUUGAUUAUUUGUAACAAUAUUGCUGUAACUAUGUUAAAUGGUCUCCUAGUUUUGGAUGCAGGAAGAUCAUUUUCUCUGAGAGAAUAUUGUACCUCCAUGGAAGAUAAAUUGGCUCAAAAGAAGGGAAAUCAAAACUCAUUGUUGACACCUGCCAUCCAGAAGGUUUGGAGGCCUGGACCUAUGGAGGAACUCAUAAGACAAAUGGACAAGAAAAUUAUCAUGAUGAAGAUGAGAUAAAAACAAUUUGAAGCAAGGAGAUUUCUGCCAUGGGGUAAUGCUUCUAACCUCAUUAUUUCCUUUGGGAAUUGGUACUUUUAAGAGUGAGAAAACAGAAUAAAGGGACGAAGAGGCAAGAUCUACAAAACAGUAACAUGGAGAUGGCUUAGAAUAAGUGAUGAUUCACCUUGGGUUCUCCAUGAGAAAUAGAAAGAUAGAGAUGAGACAUUUAUUAAAUGCCUACUGUAUGCUAGGCAUGUCAGUAAAACAGAACAAGCAAAGAGAAUAUAGCAGCCUGCAAGGAGCUUACAUUUGAAGCACACAGAAGGGAUAUGAAAAGUGGAGAGGGAAACAGAAUAAGGAAGGUGCUCUAGAGCAUCAUGAGUUGGUCAGGGUUUGAAAAGAACAUGAAGACUGGCAUGAGUGUGCUCUCAAAUGAAAUUAGGAGAAAAUCAGAGAAGGCCAUAGAGAUGAAGGCAUUGCUAGCAACAGAAAAUACCUACUGGGAUAGUAGUGGAGAAGUGGUCAAGGAUUUCAGGGACUUUUUGGAAUCUGAGGAAUCCAAAACAAUUAAAGAAAGAACAAAUAAAUAUAAAGUUUGUGAAUCAAAGAAAAGUUUGGAGUUGACAAAAAGAAAAUUAAUAACGAGAACAAGGUAAAGAAAUAUUUUUAAAAGAAGUACAGAAAACAAGACAAAAUAAGUUAAAAAUGGGGAGGGAGGAUUUUGAACUAACCACUUAUAAGAAGGAAAAAAUUAGGAACAAGACAAUUUUGGUUGACUAAAUACAAAUAAGGAAAAAAUAAUAAAUUUAAGUAAAAAUCCAAAGCUAGGGAAGUUGAAAACCAAAAGAGUUGUCAUAUGAAUAUAUAUGUCAUAUAUGAAUGUGAAUGCAUGAAACCAUCAAAUCAAAUGAAAAUGACAGACUGGAAAAGAAAAAAAUCCUAUAAUGUGUUGAUUAUAAGAAAUAUAUUCAGGAAGGAAAGAUAUAAACAAUAAAAAUGAGAACAUGAAAGAUAA